CGAGGAAAGGCCGCAAGGGAGGAAUGCCGCUCGUUCCAGACCAGUCAGACGACGACUCUGAUUGAACCGCCUGUCGCUUUCAGCACUCUCUCCGGUCUCCGAGCCCUUUCGUUCUCCCUUCAAUUCCUAUAUUACCAAUACCAACAAACUUUUACAGGCACUCUCGACCUAGCAAUUCCUAGGGUUCGGGUUUCUGCUUUUUUCUUCACCCGACCCGGAUUUCCCCCUUUGGACUACAUUCGUUUAGGAAUCGCUUCGCAGUUCCGCAAUCCAUCUUCCGUGUACUUGAGAAAAUACAAGUGAAGUGAGUCAAGAUGACUAUGAGCCAAAUGAAGACAAUAGAACUGGAAGAAGGAUGGGAUUUUAUGCAGAAGGGAAUCACAAAGCUAAAGAGGAUAUUGGAAGCGCAGCCUGAGUCAUUUAGUUCUGAAGAGUACAUGAUGCUUUACACUACUAUUUAUAAUAUGUGCACACAGAAACCACCCCAUGACUAUUCUCAGCAGCUAUAUGAAAAGUAUAGGGAAUCAUUUGAUGAAUACAUCAACUCAGUGGUUUUGCCCUCUUUGAGAGAGAAGCAUGAUGAGUUCAUGCUAAGGGAGCUUGUUAAAAGGUGGGCAAAUCACAAGGUUAUGGUCAGGUGGCUUUCUAGAUUUUUCCACUAUCUUGACCGAUACUUUAUUGCUCGGAGGUCACUCUCUCCUCUUCAUGAAGUUGGACUUUCUUGCUUCCGUGAUCUGGUUUACCAAGAGUUAAGAGCUAAAGCUAGAGAUGCUGUUAUAGCUCUUAUUGAUCAAGAACGUGAGAGUGAACAGAUUGAUAGAGCACUAUUGAAGAAUGUCCUAGACAUUUUUGUUGAAAUCGGAAUGGGGCAGAUGGAAUACUAUGAGAAUGACUUUGAAGAUGCAUUGCUCAAGGAUACUGCUUCUUAUUAUUCUCGGAAGGCAUCAAACUGGAUAGUUGAUGAUUCUUGUCCAGAUUACAUGUUGAAGGCUGAAGAGUGCUUGAAGAAAGAGAAAGAUAGGGUUGCUCAUUAUCUGCAUUCCAGUAGUGAAACAAGGCUUUUGGAGAAAGUGCAAAAUGAGUUGCUUGUAGUAUACACCAAUCAAUUGCUUGAAAAGGAGCAUUCUGGUUGCCGAGCAUUACUAAGGGAUGAUAAGGUGGAAGAUUUAUCUAGGAUGUAUAGGCUUUUCUUAAAGAUUACCAAAGGAUUGGAUCUGGUUGCCAAUAUGUUUAAACAGCAUGUCACUGCUGAAGGCAUGGUAUUGGUGCAGCAGGCUGAAGAUGCAGCUAGUAGUAAGGCUGAGAGCUCGGGGAGUUCACAGGAGCAGGUCUUUGUUAGGAAAGUGAUUGAGCUUCAUGACAAGUAUAUGGCAUACGUGACAGACUGUUUCUCCAACAAUUCUCUCUUUCACAAGGCUUUGAAAGAAGCAUUUGAGGUAUUCUGUAACAAAAUUGUUGCUGGAUGCUCCAGCGCUGAACUCUUGGCUUCUUAUUGCGAUAAUAUCCUUAAAAAGGGUGGGAGUGAAAAACUGAGUGAUGAGGCUAUUGAGGAAACAUUGGAUAAGGUUGUCAAGCUUUUGGCAUAUAUCAGUGAUAAAGAUCUUUUUGCUGAAUUUUACAGGAAGAAGCUGUCUCGUCGAUUGCUUUUUGAUAAAAGCGCAAAUGAUGACCACGAAAGAUUAAUCCUAACCAAGCUAAAGCAGCAGUGUGGUGGACAGUUCACCUCAAAGAUGGAGGGAAUGGUCACAGAUUUGACACUAGCGAAGGAAAAUCAGAACCACUUCCAGGAUUAUCUUAACAAUAAUCCAGCUGCUAGUCCUGGGAUUGAUUUGACUGUUACAGUUCUUACAACUGGGUUCUGGCCUAGCUAUAAAUCCUCUGAUUUGAGUCUCCCACAGGAGAUGGUCAAGUGUGUGGAGGUUUUCAAAGAAUUUUAUCAGACAAAAACAAAACACAGGAAACUUACAUGGAUUUAUUCAUUGGGAACAUGCAACAUAAAUGGAAAGUUUGAGCCAAAAACCAUUGAACUGAUUUUGGGAACUUAUCAGGCAGCUGCAUUGUUACUCUUCAAUGCCUCAGAUAGAUUAAGUUAUCAAGAUAUUAAAAGUCAGCUAAACUUGGCUGAUGAUGACUUGGUCAGAUUGCUACAGUCUCUUUCAUGUGCCAAGUAUAAAAUUCUGAUUAAGGAACCUAGCAAUAGAACCGUUUCGGCCAGUGAUUAUUUUGAGUUCAACUCCAAAUUUACUGACAGAAUGAGGAGAAUCAGGAUACCUCUGCCUCCUGUGGAUGAAAGGAAAAAAGUGGUGGAGGAUGUUGACAAGGAUAGGCGUUAUGCUAUUGAUGCAUGUAUUGUACGAAUCAUGAAGAGUAGAAAAGUUCUGGCUCAUCAACAGUUGGUUUUAGAGUGUGUUGAGCAGUUGAGUCGAAUGUUCAAGCCCGACUUCAAGGCAAUCAAGAAGCGAAUUGAAGAUCUAAUAACUCGGGACUACUUGGAACGAGACAAAGAGAACCCGAACAUGUUCAGGUACCUGGCGUAAAUGGUGCUGCAUUGGCAAGUCGCUGCUGCUGAAUGUUUCUAGGAGAAAUUGCCCUCGAUGAUUUGGUUUUACAGUAUAGUUUAUUAUUUUGGUUGUAGUUGGUUAGUGCAUUUUGUGUUUUUGAACUCGAGCCUCUAAAAUAGAGCAAUCUGGUGCUGUGAAUAGAUGGAAAUCAUAUUACUUUGAUGCUCCUUUUAUUAGUAUAAUUUACUAUUGCCUUCUAUGAAUAAGCAAUGCCGAUCUUCACCAUUUUCUUUCAUGAUUUUUGUAUAGAAGCUCGAGACUUUAAUCCCUGUCAAUCAUUAAAAUAAUAACCAGAGAACAGUGUGUACUGUGUAA